AUGAUUUAUCGGAGAAAACCUUGUUGGGAUAAUGAUCGAACAAUUGAAAAUGUUAAUUUAAAUGAAGAUGUAUCAAAUGGAUGUUUAGAUUAUUCAAUGUUAAUUAAACGUUAUAUAUUAGGUGAUGUUGCUUUUAUUGAUAUUGAUCAAGGUUUUAUACAAUUAAAAUAUGUUAAACAUAUUCGAACUGGUAUUAUUCAUUGUGAUCUUAUUCCUAUUAUAAAACGUUAUAAAUUAAAUGAUAUAACAAAUCCAGAAAAUUGUUUUACUAUUAUUUAUGGAGCAUCAAUUAGUGAAAAUAAAAGUCUUUGUUUUAUAAGUCCAAAAUAUAGUUGUCCAAUUUGGUAUUCAAGUAUAGAUAAAUUAAUAAAAGAAUAUGGUAAACAUCGUUUAUGUAGUGAUAGACGUGUUAAUUGGCUUAAAAAUCAAUAUUUAUCAUAUUAUUAUGAAAAUGAACGUUUUCAAGGUCCAACACCAAUGAAUGCUGUACUUUUAUUUGGUGGACGACAAUGGAAUUCAACAUCACUUUUUACUUAUGAACGUGAUAAUAUAUCAUCAAAAAAAUCUUCGAAUUUUAUUAAAUCAUGGUCCAAUUUAGCUUUAAGAAAACGAUAUAAAUUUGAACAGGAUCGUAAAGGAAGUUUAUCUGGUGAAUGUGAAUCAUCAUCGGGAUCAAAAAAUGCACAAAAUAAUUCACAUUUAUCAUUACGUAAUAAAGCUAAAAAUGUUAAAUAUAAAACAAAAUCAUCUCUUGUUUUUCAAACUGUUAAAUAUCAAAAUUCAUCUAUGGAAAAUAAAAAUAAAAUUAAAAUUAAAAAACGAUCUACUUCGACAAAUAGUCGUUCAACAUAUUAUCGUCCAACAAUAUCAACUAAUUCAUUAAAUAAUUCAAUUAAUAAUAAACGUACAAAUAAUAGAUUUUUAUCAGCAAAUAAUAAUAAUGAUCAAUCAUCAUCACCAUGGAUUAUAAAUGAAACUUCAAUGAAUUUUAUUGAAUUUGUUCAAUUAUUUAAAUCAUUUUAUUUUCAUUGUCGACGAGAUUUAAAAGAUUUAUUUGAUAAAUUUUCAUUAGAAAUAAAUAUUGAACAAGAUUAUACAAUAAAAGAACAAUAUAAAUAUGAUUUAUUAGAUAUGCAAAGACAUUUAACAGGUUUAAUAACAAGAAAUAUUAUUGAAAAUAUAAAUGAUUAUAAUAAAAAUAGAAUUUAUGAUAUGAUUGCUAUAUCAUCAAUACCUUCUUAUGCUAUUAGUACACAUACACCUCACAAUUAUCUUAUUACAAUUGAACUAUUUAGACAAUUUUUAAUAGAACAUCAAAAAGAAGAUAAAACUUUAUAUCAUAUUCAACAAAUUAUUUAUCGUCAUGAACCUAAUAGAGAAAAUCGUUUGAAUAAAGUUCUUUCAUUCGAAGGUUUUUCACGUUAUCUUUUGGAUAAAGAAAAUUAUGCAUUUAUUAAUGAACAUACAAAAGUCAAUGAACAAGAAAUGGAUUAUCCUUUAUCAUACUAUUUUGUUGCUUCAUCUCAUAAUACUUAUCUAACAGGACAUCAAUUACGUGGUGAAUCUUCAGUUGAAAUGUAUCGUGAAGUUCUUUUAUCUGGUUGUCGUUGUAUUGAACUUGAUUGUUGGGAUGGUGAUGAUGGUUAUCCAGUUAUUUAUCAUGGACGAACAUUUGUUAGUAAAAUAUCAUUUAAAUUAGUUGUUGAAGUAAUUAAUGAAAGUGCAUUUUUAACAUCUCCAUAUCCAGUUAUAUUAUCAAUUGAAAAUCGUUGUUCAUUAAUACAACAAAGACAUAUGGCACAAACAUUUGUUAAAGUAUUUGGUGAUAAAUUAAUAAGAAAAUAUAUAUUUGAUAGUGAUUUUAAUGAAGAUUCAUUAUUACCAUCACCAAAUCAAUUAAAAUAUAAAAUAUUAAUUAAAAAUAAAAAAAUAACUAAAAUUCAUUCAACAACACAAUUAGGAAAACAAAAAAUUCAAUUAACUGUUAAUUAUAGAAAUUCUGUUUAUUCAUCACCUGAUGAUAAUGAAGAAGAUGAAGAUUCUGAUGAUGAUUUUAUUAUUGAGGAUUUUAAUGAUGAACAAUAUAAUAGACAACAAUCACAACGAUCAAAUUCAAUGACUGAUUCACCUAUUUAUCAUUUUAAUAAAAAUAAUAUUGAUACAACUGUUUAUAGAGAUCAUGAUGAAGAUUUAUCAUAUCAACAACGUCGUUAUAGUAUUAUGAAUAAUGAACCACGACAACGUUUGAAAAGUAUAAGUUCAAUUGAUAAUAAUCAUAUUAUUAAAGCAAAUAAAUCAGCUAAUUUUAUUGCAAAAAUUCCAACUGUAUUAGUAGCAAAAGAAUUAUCAGAUAUUGUUAUUUAUACACAAGCUAUCAAAUUUCGAGGAUUGACAUAUUCAUCGAUUUCAGCAAGUUCAAUUGGUAUAAAAUCUGUUAGAAAAACUCCUAAACGUAAUAUUCAACAACUUGUUGCUCAACCAAGUACAACAAGUACCGAAAGUUCUCGAUCAGUUGAUCAAGUAUCACCUUGUCAUCAAGUUGUAUCAUUAAUUGAAAAUAAAGCAAAAAAAUUAUGUAAAAAUCAAGGCAUUGAUAUGAUUGCACAUACGGAAAGUCAACUUGUUCGAUGUUAUCCAAGUGGAUUUCGUGUUGAUUCAUCAAAUUUCAAUCCAUUACAUUUAUGGAUAUAUGGAAUUCAAUUGGCUGCAACUAAUUAUCAAACGCUUGAUGCUGGACAAAUUCUUAAUUUAUCAAUGUUCGAACAAAAUGGUAAUUGUGGUUAUGUUCUUAAACCAAAUGUUUAUUGGGAUAAAGAACAUCCACAAUAUAAUCGUUUUAAUCCAUCAAUAAUUGAACGUGAAGGUUCUUGUUUUGAAUUAACAAUUACUAUAAUAUCUGGUCAAUAUUUAACACAAAAUAUUAGUUCAACAUCAAGUGUUUAUAUUGAAGUUGAACUUGUUGGUAUUCCAAUUGAUUGUAUGUCAAGAAAAACAAAAUCAUCAGUUAAAAAUUCCUUAAAUCCUAUUUGGCAAGAAACAUUUAUCUUUCAGGUAUAA